CUUUGAUCAGAAAAACACGAAGGUAAAUAGCGCGAUGUUUGGUGUUCGGUAGAAACUUGAAGUAUGCUUUUCCUACCUCAUGCUAAAGGAAACCUUACAAAGCUUUUAUAUUUUUACUUUUGUACAGGUUAUGCAUGAUUGUUCAACACCCGAGUUCAGUACUCUGCGGCCUCUCUGUAUAAAAACAAUUCUAUAGAAUAAACUGCAAUAUACCGACGUCCAGAGCUGUCUUCAGUUUUGUCAUGAAGCAAAGACAUUCAGUAGCCGCCAUCAAAAAGGUCAAGAAGAAUAUAAAAAAACACUUCAACGAUCAAGAUGCCUCUGAACUCCACAAAGUGUUGUCGAAAAAAUUGUUCGGGAAUUUAGUAGAGAUAUUUGAUCUAAUAUCUUAUCCUUGUGAACAAGUACCAAACGAAGAUACAGAUCUAAAUGCUAUUACCAAAGACUUAGUAGAAGCACUUUAUGAUGGUCCAUUAACUAUUGAUCCGUUGGAUGUAGAAGCGAAUGAAUUAAUUCAACUACUUAGUUCUCCAGUAUGGCGUAGCUUUUCUACUGCAUACACUGAAAUAACAACCAGCCACUUUGACAUGCCUGAAUUACCUGAAAUAGCCUACGUGACGUCGGGCCUGGGUGGUAUUAAUACAAAUCUAGGAAGUUUGAUGGCCAGUAAAGCAUCUAAUUUACAAGUGGCUGACAGAAGUUUUGGGGAUGGCGUUAUAAAAGAUGAUCGAAAUGGAAUUCCCAAUGAACUAUGUAAUUCACGAUCAAUUAUGUAUGGUGCCGGUAGUGAAAAAGUGUAUACUGACUUGAGAAAAAAUGAAGCUACACUUACUGGAGGUGGUGAUGGUCCAGCAUUGCCACCUGUAGAUGGUGCAGUAAAAAUGAUCGGGAUUCAAAAGAACCAUGGUGAAGAUUUAGGUAUCACUGUUAUUCAACAACAAUAUAUGUCUGCACAUUAUGGUUUAGUGAAGGAAUUGGUAAUCAAACGAAUUUUAGCUGCUUCUCAUGUUGAACAGCUGGAUUUGCUACACGUAGGUGAUGUGAUUCGUGAAGCAAAUGGAGUUCCAGUUGAUAAUCCUGAAGUAUUACAGAAAGUAUUAAAAAACGCAUCUGGAAACGUCACACUGAAAAUCAUUCCUGGUUACCAAUCAACUCCUAUUUCUUCCCAACUUUUUCUUCGAGCUCACUUUUCGUAUGAUCCGAAAAAUGAUAAUUUGAUUCCAUGCAAAGAAGCUGGUUUAAAAUUUUCAGCUGGUUCUAUCCUUCAAGUUCUUAAACAAGAAGAUCCUUAUUGGUGGCAGGCAAGACAUCAUAAUCAAGAUGGUCGUGCUGGUCUAAUUCCAUCUAUAGUACUACAAGAAAGGCGUAAAGCCUUUAUUCAAAGUGCGCCUAAUCCAGAAGAGCUAACUUACAAAACGUUCGCUUGCGGACUUGCAAGACGUAGAAAGAAAAAGGUCACUAUACCAUUUUGUGCAAGAGAUGCUGAUAAUUAUGAUACUAAAGAUAUUGUACUUUAUGAAGAAGUUGCUAUGGUAUCAGGUUUCCAGCGUCCUGUUAUUUGUUUAAUUGGAGCUCCUGGAGUUGGUCGUCGAAGUUUACGUAAUAUGCUUAUUCGUGCCAAUCGGGAGAGAUAUGCAUCAGCUAUUGCAUAUACAUCGAAAGAAUUAGAUGUUGGAGAAGAGGAUGACGGUGAAUUUAUUGUUGAAUCGAAAGUAAAAAUGGAAAUGGAUAAUUUGAAAAAUAAAUAUCUUGAAUUUUAUUUGUUACAUAAAUAUCCACAGUUGUGCUUGGAUUAUGCAGAAAUAAACACUAUUUAAUUGAGUAGAAUACAGAAAUGAAUUGGGAAUUUUGUAAAUAACCUUCACAUACUUUUUAUAUAAAAUAAGUCAACUGGUUGAAUAAAUUGUCUAUUGAAACAUCAAGGGCAGAAAUCAAUGGUACUUCACAUCCAUUAUAAAUAUUGUCUUUUUCUUUUUUUGUAGGAUGUCAUUAUCUUUUGCAUACGUAUUGUAAUGAGUAUAUACGAAUAGUAUUCCAAAUAAUAGACAUAAAGUGGUAAAUGAUUUCCUAGAGCUUAUCUGUAUGUUUAAUACAGUGUAUUCUGCUGUUCUACGUUACUGAUCUAAUUUUCUUCUCAUCUGAGAAUACAUGAUAAAAGUUUUCAACAAAAAUUCCUGAAUAACGUUUGAAUCUCAUUUCGCUGAUAGUUCUCAUGGUUGUGAAAAAACUACUAGAGAUUAACCACUAGUAUUUUGUUCAAUUUAAACAAAACCUGAGGUUGUGGAAAGUCAUUUCAAAAAAAGUUUUAACGUAUAUCAAUUUUAUCUCAAUCAAAAUGUUCUUCAUUUACUGCAAUACAUUUCAUCAAAUAAUCGUUUCCACUGUUUCUGUUAGUUAAGCUCUUCACCUACCUACCUUGCCGUUCGACGUUUAUCUGUAAUUGUGUCCACGAUCAAACUUCUUUGGAUUUAGCCCAUUCUAUCUGGAAAGUGAAUCUGCUAAGGUCUACAGGAAACCGGAGACAUUUUAAAUUCUCAUUAGCACGUAAAGUCAACAGUUGUUGCGGCUUCUCAUCAUAAUUCCAGUCUUCAUAGCGCUCCUUAAAACACUUGAUCUACUUAAAAAAGCUGUUUUCUUUUUUCACUUUAUCUCCAUAAACAACUGUCCAUCCUGCUUGAGUUUAUUUCAGGUCCUACCAAAACUAUAUUUCUUCUUCUAUUACUCAUCUAUACAUAUUUAUGUUAAUUUGUUAGGAUGUAGAGAAAAGAUUUGAACCAUUUAAGUAGUGAAGCUUUAUUUCAUAAUGCGAUAUCAAUAAAUAAAGAAAAUAAUUCCCAAUGUUUUAGCGUUAAAAUUUUGAGUUGAUUUUAUACUUUUACAACUUAUAGUUUACUUUAUCUAUACUGGUCCGUAGUAGAACAUAUUAGAUUUAGCAUAAAAUUAGUUAUAAAAUAGGAUGAAUUAAACGAUUAGUUAUCUUUUCUGUGAACCCUAUUACAAAACUGUACAAAUGGAGAAUAUUAGUAGUAUAUCAAAUUCGUUACUACUAGUACAAAUACUUUUUUCUAUGUUUAUAGAACUCAUGAAUAACUUACGUACGCUUUAAGACAAUAGGUAUUUGAUUAUAAAAGAAGUUCUGAUAAGGUUUGUAACCUUUUAUAUCAUACAUUUUAGGAUGUUAUGGUGAGAACUCUCAGUUAAACUCCCUAAAUAAAGUAAUUCUAUGAAAAAAUAAUUGUAUAACAUAUAUUCGCUACUUCUAUUCAUGUAUAUUUUUUAUCUUCUACAUUGAAGUUUGGUGAAUAUGAAGAUAAUUUCUACGGUACAAAAUACGAUAGUAUUCGAGAAGUAGUACAAGCAGGUCGUACGUGCUUACUUGAUUGUUCAAUACAAGCUGUGUCCAAGUUAAGAAACUCAGAAUUUAUGCCUUAUGUUGUAUUCCUUGCUGCUCCAUCAGUUAGUUGUAUGAAAGCAAUGUAUGAAUAUGGCAUGAGUAUGGGUUUUACUGAGAAAUGGAAAAGAGAUGAGUCAUUUCGUAAAACACUUGAAACCAGUACUUACAUAGAACGUGAAUACAAUUAUCUCAUGGAUUUAAUUUUAUUAUGUGAUAAUAUUGAAACAACUUUUGAACAAUUAAAUUAUCAUUUAAAUAAUUUACUAACAGAACCACAAUGGGUACCAGCUAAAUGGCUUUAUUAAUUGAAGAGAUAAGAUCUAGAAGAGAAUACUACAGUUAAACAGUAAUCACUUUUUAUAAUUUUGCUGUUUUGCAAGGUGUUUUAUUUUCUUUAAUCUAAAUUCUUUGCUUGUAUAGAUUCAAAUUUUCGUUUGACUUAUAAAGUAGUGCUGAAGUGAAUAACUUUUACCUCUAAAUUUAUUAUUUUUUGAGAAAGUGAUCCAGGUUUGAUUUUACAUUUCAUUUAUUUUUCACGGUUCAUGUCGCGUUUUUUUCGGCAGUGUGCUUCUUUUGGGUUCUGACGUUUUAAUUAAAAGAAAUUGGAUAUUGAAUGUAAAAAAAUUACAAUGUUAUUUCAGUAGUUUCUUAGAAUAUUUCAAACUUGACACAGUGUGAUUGAUGAUUUGAUUUAUUGUAACAAGUGUAAUAUAAAAUGACUCAUAUCUGUGCCAUUUUGAUAGUAAUUUGGGUAGAAUUAGAAAAAAUGAAACUAAUUAUCCUUUACCGAUUUACGAUUAAAUGUAAGUUCAAAUCUAUAAAGCAUAUGACAGACAGGC